AGUGAGGGGGUUACUGUCGGUCGGUCGGGCUGGUCGGUGGGACAGACCACGCUUGCUUAAUCAGCCAGUGGCUGACUGAACACAGCUAAUCUCUGGACCCUUCCAUUGAGCAACAAGGUUGGAGACUGACACAGAGAGAUCAACAGUUUGGCAAACAAAAGAGAGGGAGCCAGGAGAGAAGGACUGGAACAAAGUCAAAGAAGGACACACCGGACAGCAGGGGCAAGAGAGUUGAAUUUGAAAUAGAGGAGAGAAAACUGCAACAGCAAAAAUUUAAGAUUAAAAGUUAAAGAUUGAUAGAAUUAUUGUCAUGGGUGUGGCCACUUAAAGCAGUGAGGCACAACAGCAGAGACAAAAGCAACUUUUGUCUGGUGGUUAGAGGGGGAGGGUGACAGAUUUAGGAAGACAGGGGGUUUAGAGGUAAAGGGGUCAAUAGAAAGACUGAGAAAGACACUGAGUGGGAACCGUUCAAGAAGAGAAGGCCAGAGAACUCACUCAUGAGGCAGAGGCAACGGUAUGGAUAGAUAGAAGCUGGCAGACAUAGUAGCAUAUCAAGGGGGAGAGGGGACAGAGAGGGCUAGGCUGAGUCACAUACAGGCAGUCGGCAUGGGGAUAAAGGGCAAGGCGGCUUUGGCCAUCGUGGUUCUACUGUUCUUCCUUGGCUCCAUGUGGCUCCAAGGAAGUUUGGAUUACCAGUGGGACUCUUGUCUUAAAGGUUACAUUCAGAUAAACAGUCCCCGCCAUCUGUCCAAUGGCAGUGAGGCUGAUAGUGAUGAGGACGGGGCCAUAUUGGAGGUGUGUCCCGGUCAGAAGUUCCAGGCGUCGGAGCUGCUGUCUCACCUGCUGGCUGCGCUGGGACCCACCAAUGACGUGCUGCUGCAGCCUUAUCUGGCCAGUUGGGACGAGCUUAUCAAGUUCAUGGAGGCUCUUGGACCGAUGGUUGGACUCAUAUCUCAGGAGAUUGAAGCCAAAACUUCCAUAAUUCGCGACCUGAUCCUGCGGGAGGCAGGUAGCAGCGAUGAGGGAGAAGUGAGCCUAGCCUUGGUGUUGGUGUCUGGUACCAGAGUGCAUGGUGGUGGACAGGAGGAGACAGAGGCCUCCGUGGCAGCGCCAAGCAGUGCCUACCUGUCUUUGCGCUCUAUGAUCCACACUGAGUUGAGCCGGGGCCUGGUAGACUUCCAGCAGAUGACAGAAUCUGGGUGUCGUACUCUGCUCCGGCUGCACCGGGCCCUGUUGUGGCUGCAGGUCUUCCUGGAAAAGCUGGGGGAGGGGCCUGUGGGCGGCCGGUUGCGGAGCCCCUCGGAGCUCUGCCGUGAGGCCUAUCAGCACACCCUGGCCCACCACCACUCCUGGUUUGUACGCAGGGCAGCAGAGAUAGCCUUCAUCGCCAUGCCUGAGCGGGGAUUCUUCUACAGGCUGGUGUGUGUGACAAACCAGGAAGAGGCCAGCGUGGUGCUGAACAGGGUGGUCCGGGCCAUCGGAGAGGUGUAUGACAGAACUCAGGGGGUCCUGGAGGAGCAUGGCAUGCUGGACCUGCCGUAGGAGAAGAGCGGGGGGGGGAUUCUGUUUCUGAGGGACCAGCCACGUCUGGACAUUACAGUAAUACUCUUUUCACGCUACUGAGCCGAACCAAGCUGAACUGAGCUGUACUGUGCUGGCCAGGUUACGCAUCCAUCAUGGUUGAAAUUAUGCUGGUAAGGACAAUGUGAAAAUAAAAUAGCAAAACCAGCACAUUACUGUUCGGGUUUGCAUAAUAGCAUGAAUUAGGUCUUACAGUCUAUCCCCUGGUGCCUUGUUCCAUAUGCUGUACUAUCUUUUAUCAGGCUAAAGUUCACAUGUGCGCAAGAACAAUGAGCUGCUCAAGUAAUCAUGAGUGAGUGCUCUCAACAGAGUUUACCUAAAGGGCCAAUUUGUUGAUGACCAAAGUGCUGGUGAAAACAAUCAAAAGAAGCUAAAUGUCUUCAUUGUACAAUUGAUAAGUCAUUGUCAUGUCACUGUUUGUCUGUGUGAGAUCACGCACUGGACUUGUUAUGGUGUUGGAAGACCAUAGACUGGUUGAAAAACAAAUCAAAUCAAAUUUAUAUAGCCCUUCUUACAUCAGCUGAUAUUUGAAAGUGCUGUACAGAAACCCAGCCUAAAACCCCAAACAGCAAGCAAUGCAGGUGUAGAAGCACAGUGGCUAGGAAAAACUCCCUAGAAAGGCCAAAACCUAGGAAGAAACCUAGAGAGGAACCAGGCUAUAAGGGGUGGCCAGUCCUCUUCUGGCUGUGCCGGGUGGAGAUUAUAACAGAACAUGGCCAAGAUGUUCAAAUGUUCAUAAAUGACCAACAUGGUCAAAUAAUAAUAAUCACAGUAGUUGUCGAGGGUGCAACAAGUCAGCACCUCAGGAGUAAAUGUCAGUUGGAUUUUCAUAGCCGAUCAUUGAGAGUAUCUCUACCGCUCCUGCUGUCUCUAGUAAGUUGAAAACAGCAGGUCUGGGACAGGUAGCACGUCCGGUGAACAGGUCAGGGUUCCAUAGCCGCAGGCAGAACAGUUGAAACUGGAUCAGCAGCACAGCCAGGUGGACUGGGGACAGCAAGGAGUCAUCAUGCCGGGUAGUCCUGAGGCAUGGUCCUAGGGCUCAGGUCCUCCGAGAGAGAGAAAGAAAGAAAGAAAGAAAGAGAGAAUUAGAGAGAGCAUACUUAAAUUCACACAGGACACCGGAUAAGACAGGAGAAGUACUCCAGAUAUAACAGACUGACCCUAGCCCCCCGACACAUAAACUACUGCAGCAUAAAUACUGGAGGCUGAGACAGGAGGGGUCAGGAGACACUGCAACGUAUCAUGAAAAACAAGUAACGUAUCAUGUAUUGUUGUAAAUUCUGAAGAUGCUGCCAAUGUAAUUCCAUAGGUCAGUGAUUGUUGUAAGUGUUGUUGUAUGUUGAUGCAUAAUUCAGCAUUGCCAUCAUUGAAUCAAAGGCCAAUCACAAGGCAAAGGACUUUGUCCAUGCCCCACAUCGUGAUUAUGUAAUAAUUUUAUAUGGGAUCAUUUGUGAAGAUCUUCUAGGGCUGCUGGACACAUCAGAUGGACUUUAUUCAGGGUUCUCAAAACCACAUUUACAAUGCAGUGAUUCACUGAUCUUAGCUACUGUUGUUGUCAUGGUUUAGGUACGUAUGCAUUACUACAAAUUUGACACUGCAGAAGGAAUAUUUUUGAUGUGUUAAAAUGUUCUUAAUGAG